AUGCAAACAGAGGAGAAGCCAUAUAAAUGUUUGGAGUGUGGGAAGAGCAUCUCUAAGAAGGGCAACCUAACUACCCAUCAAAAGGUUCACACAGGGGAGAAGCCUUAUAAAUGCUUGGAGUGUGGGAAGAGCUUCUCUGAAAAUGGCAAACUAACUAGGCAUCAAAAGGUUCACAUGGGGGAGAAGCCAUAUAAAUGCUUGGAGUGUGGGAAGAGCUUCUCUGAAAAUGGCUAACUAACUAGGCAUCAAAAGGUUCACACAGGGGAGAAGCCAUAUGAAUGUUUGCAGUGUGGGAAGAGCUUCUCUCAGAAGCGCAGACUAACUAGACAUCAAAAGAUCCACACAGAGAAAACUUAUAAAUGCUUGGCGUGUGGGAAGAGCUUCUCUGAAAAUGGCAAACUAACUAGGCAUCAAAAGGUUCACACAGGGGAGAAGCCAUAUGAAUGUUUGCAGUGUGGGAAGAGCUUCUCUCAGAAGGGCAACCUAAUUAUCCAUCAAAAGAUUCACAUAGGGGAGAAACCUUAUAAAUGCGUGGAGUGUGGGAAGAGCUUCUCUAAGAAGGGCAACCUAACCAUCCAUCAGAAGAUUCACACGGGGGAGAAGCUGUAUAAAUGCUUGGAGUGUGGGAAGAGCUUCUCUCAAAAUGGCAAACUAACUAGGCAUCAAAAGGUUCACACAGGAGAGAAGCCAUAUGAAUGCUUGGAGUGUGGGAAGAGCUUCUCUCAGAAGGGCAGCCUAACUAGCCAUCAAAGGGUUCACACAGGGGAGAAGCCUUAUAAAUGCUUGGAGUGUGGGAAGAGCUUCUCUCAGAAGGACAACCUAACUAGCCAUCAAAAGAUUCACACAGGGGAGAAGCCAUAUAAAUGUUUUGAGUGUGGGAAGAGCUUCUCUCGGAAGGACAACCUAACUGGCCAUCAAAAGAUUCACACAGGGGAGAAGCCAUACAAAUGUUUGGAGUGUGGGAAGGCCUUCUACAGGAAGGGCAACCUAACUACCCAUCAAAAGAUUCACACAGGGGAGAAGCCUUAUAAAUGCUUGGAGUGUGGGAAGAGCUUCUCUGAAAAUGGCAAACUAACUAGGCAUCAAAAGGUUCACAUGGGGGAGAAGCCAUAUAAAUGCUUGGAGUGUGGGAAGAGCUUCUCUGAAAAUGGCUAACUAACUAGGCAUCAAAAGGUUCACACAGGGGAGAAGCCAUAUGAAUGUUUGCAGUGUGGGAAGAGCUUCUCUCAGAAGCGCAGACUAACUAGACAUCAAAAGAUCCACACAGAGAAAACUUAUAAAUGCUUGGCGUGUGGGAAGAGCUUCUCUGAAAAUGGCAAACUAACUAGGCAUCAAAAGGUUCACACAGGGGAGAAGCCAUAUGAAUGUUUGCAGUGUGGGAAGAGCUUCUCUCAGAAGGGCAACCUAAUUAUCCAUCAAAAGAUUCACAUAGGGGAGAAACCUUAUAAAUGCUUGGAGUGUGGGAAGAGCUUCUCUAAGAAGGGCAACCUAACCAUCCAUCAGAAGAUUCACACGGGGGAGAAGCUGUAUAAAUGCUUGGAGUGUGGGAAGAGCUUCUCUCAAAAUGGCAAACUAACUAGGCAUCAAAAGGUUCACACAGGAGAGAAGCCAUAUGAAUGCUUGGAGUGUGGGAAGAGCUUCUCUCAGAAGGGCAGCCUAACUAGCCAUCAAAGGGUUCACACAGGGGAGAAGCCUUAUAAAUGCUUGGAGUGUGGGAAGAGCUUCUCUCAGAAGGACAACCUAACUAGCCAUCAAAAGAUUCACACAGGGGAGAAGCCAUAUAAAUGUUUCGAGUGUGGGAAGAGCUUCUCUCGGAAGGACAACCUAACUAGCCAUCAAAAGAUUCACACAGGGGAGAAGCCAUACAAAUGUUUGGAGUGUGGGAAGGCCUUCUGUAAGAAUGGUAUCCUAACUAGUCAUCAAAAGGUUCACAUGAGGGAGAAGACACGUAAAUGCUGA